GAGGCUCAGGAGGGGACGGGCUCCCCUAGCUGGGGAGAGGCUGCCUCAGGCCCUUGGCUCUCCCCCCUUGAUCCCUCUUGGGUCUGAAGUCUGAGCUCAGAAUUUCUGUGUGACCAGCCAGUCCACCUCUGGGGAGGGGAGAGAGGCCAGCUCAGCCGGGGCUGCUCCCUCCAUCCCAGCAAUCCCAACCCCAGUGGCCCCCUUCCCAGCGGCCCCCCAUCCCAGCGGCCCUCAUCCCAGCAGCCCCCAUCCCAGUGGCCCCCCUUCCUAGCAGUCUGGCUGCAACCAGGCUUCUGCCAACCCCUGGAGCUCCUCUGAGAAGUGGGUUCCAGGAGUGUCCCCAGUUGAAGGCAGUGGUGAACUGCGUGUGUUUUUGCUCACCUGCAUGUCCAGAUAGUCACAUACACACAUGCAUGUGCAUACAGGUCCACAUACGUGUGACACACAUGCUACAGACACAUCCACAAAGUGCACACACCACGCAGACACACACAAUGCCGUGUGCGCACAGAUGCACGCCACAUAUCUGCAUGUGUGACAAACGCCCAUGGCCUCCUGGCCGCGUGCGUGCACACACACCACACACACGUGCAGCACAGACACACGGGGACCCUCGGGAACAUACACUCGCAGGCUCCCCACCACCGGCUCCGGCCCCAGCGGUGCCCGUCCCUGGGCUGUGGGCGCAGCCACCUGAGGCCGCCCCGCCGUUGCUCUCACUCCCACAACUCGCUUGUUUGCUCCUGGCACCUCUGAAACCCGCCGGCCUGAGUCCCUCCUGCAGGGGGACCUUGUCUGUGUCCCCCACUGUCCCAGCCGAGUCCCAGGCUGGCGAGAAGUCGGCCCUCAGUGUGUGAGUUAAUGCCUAUCCCGGGGCAGAGUCCAGGGCGGCUCAAGGCUCCUCGCUCCGGCACUCGCCUGCCGAAGCCUGCUGAACCCUAAGCGCCCUGGGCCGGGCCGGGGCGGGCGGAGGCCGCCAUGAUCGCAGCCCUGGUCCUGCUCUGGACGGCAGUGCUGGGGGCUGCCUCCCCAAGCCCUCCCCGCCUCCGCUUCUCCUUCCAAGAGCUCCAGGCCCAGCACGGUCUCCGGACCUUCCGGCUGGCGAGGACCUGCUGCUACGAGGCCCUGCUGGUGGACGAGGAGCGCGGGCGCCUGUUUGUGGGCGCGGAGAACCACGUGGCCUCCCUGAGCCUGGACAACAUCAGCAAGCGGGCCAAGAAGCUGGCCUGGCCAGCGCCUGUGGAAUGGCGCGAGGAGUGCAACUGGGCCGGGAAGGACAUUGGUACUGAGUGCAUGAACUUCGUGAAGCUGCUGCACGCCUACAACCGCUCCCACGUGCUGGCCUGCGGCACCGGGGCCUUCCACCCCACCUGUGCGUUCCUGGAGGUGGGCCACCGGCCCGAGGAGCCCGUGCUCCGCCUGGACCCUCGGAGGCUGGAGGACGGCAAGGGCAAGAGUCCUUACGACCCCAGGCACCGUGCCGCCUCCGUGCUGGUGGGGGAAGAGCUGUAUUCUGGGGUGGCCGCAGACCUCAUGGGCCGGGACUUCACCAUCUUCCGCAGCCUGGGCCAGCGUCCGAGUCUCCGAACUGAGCCCCACGACUCCCGCUGGCUCAAUGAACCCAAGUUCAUUAAGGUCUUCUGGAUUCCGGAGAGCGAGAACCCCGACGAUGACAAGAUCUACUUCUUCUUCCGCGAGUCGGCGGUGGAGGCCUCACAGGCGCUGGGACGCCGGUCCGUGUCCCGCAUCGGCCAGAUCUGCCGGAAUGACGUGGGCGGCCAGCGCAGCCUGGUCAACAAGUGGACCACGUUCCUGAAGGCGCGGCUGGUGUGCUCAGUGCCGGGCACCGAGGGUGACACACACUUUGACCAGCUCCAGGACGUGUUCCUGCUGCCCUCCAGGGACCGCUGGGCCCCGCUGCUCUAUGCCGUCUUCUCCACGUCCAGCGGCGUCUUCCAGGGCUCGGCCGUGUGCGUGUACAGCAUGACCGACGUGCGCCGGGCCUUCCUGGGGCCCUUUGCGCACAAGGAGGGGCCGACGCACCAGUGGGUGUCCUACCAGGGCCGUGUCCCCUACCCCCGGCCCGGCAUGUGCCCCAGCAAGACUUUUGGUACCUUCAGUUCCACCAAGGACUUUCCUGAUGACGUCAUCCAGUUUGCCCGGAACCACCCGCUCAUGUACAGCUCCAUCCUGCCCCUGGGGGGGCGCCCUCUCUUCCUACAAGUGGGUGCUGGGUACACCUUCACCCAGAUUGCUGCAGACCGAGUAGCAGCUGCCGAUGGCCACUACGACGUCCUCUUCAUUGGCACGGACGCUGGCACGGUGCUAAAGGUGAUCUCGGUCCCCAAGGGCAGCCGGCCCAGCGACGAGGGGCUGCUCCUGGAGGAGCUGCACGUGUUUGAGGACUCUGCCGCUGUCACCAGCAUGCAAAUCUCCUCCAAGAGGCACCAGCUGUACGUGGCCUCUCGGAGCGCAGUGGCCCAGAUCCCGCUGUACCGCUGUGCUGCCCACGGCCGCGCAUGUGCCGAAUGCUGCCUGGCGCGCGACCCCUACUGCGCCUGGGACGGGGCCGCGUGCACACGCUUCCAGCCCAGUGCCAAGAGGCGGUUCCGGCGGCAAGACGUGAAGAACGGCGACCCCAGGACGCUGUGCUCCGGGGACGCGGCCCAUCCCGCGCUGCAGGAGCGGAAGGUGUUCGGCGUGGAGGGCGGCAGCACCUUCCUGGAGUGUGAGCCCCGCUCGCUGCAGGCGCACGUGGAGUGGACCUUCCAGCGCGCAGGGGAGGGGGCCAGCGCCCCGGUGCCGGCGGAGGAGCGCGCGGAGCGCACGGCGCGGGGGCUGCUGCUGCGCGGGCUGCGGCGCGCGGACGCGGGCGCCUACCUGUGCGCCGCGGUGGAGCAGGGCUUCUCGCGGCCGCUGCGCCGCCUGGUGCUGCACGUGCUGAGCGCCGCGCAGGCCGCGAGGCUGGCCCGGAGCGAGGAGGCGGCGCCCGUCGCGCCGCCGGGCCCCAAGCUCUGGUACCGGGACUUCCUGCAGCUGGUGGAGCCGGGCGGCGGCGGCGCGAGCUCCCUGCGCAUGUGCCGGCCGCAGCCCGCGCCGCCCGAGCCCGGGAGGAAGGGUCGCAACCGGCGGACGCACGUCCCCGAGCCGCGCGCCGAGCGGGGGCCCCGGAGCGCCGCGCACUGGUGACUCCCGGCUCCGCGCCGGGAACCGGGGAGACGACACGACGGGCUGGAGAAGGGGCCGACAGACCCCGGGAGACAGACGGAUGGGGCGCGGGCACGCGCGGCCCCGGCCCACCGAGACACGGACCGACAGGCUCUGGCCGAGGGGCAGCCGCGCCGGCUUAUUUAUUAACAGGAUAACCUUGACUGUAGCCCCGGGCGCAGGGUCCGGCUGGUCGGAGGUGGCAGGGAAGCAGGGCGCCAGAAGCGCGGCGCUGGGAGAGGGGCCUCGCGGGCCAGAAGCAGAACGCUGUGAGCGGGCGGCGCUGGGGGCGGCCCACUGUACUAAUGCAAUAAACACUUUAUCCGCUGA